CUGUCUAGCUUUUUGAGGUAAGGCAAGCUUUCAAACCCUGCAGCUAUGCCUCCUCCAGGUGUGUGCAUGAACAUCAUCAGUGCACGCCACAUGAAAAAUGGCUACGGGACUGUCACCAACCCCGAGAGGUUCCUAAACCAAGACUUCCACCAGCUGAAACAGUACUGUCUCAUCCAACAUCUAAGGUACAUCGAUGAGAUGUUUCCCCCUGACAGAAAUUCAAUCAGCAAUGGGAUACUGACGCCUUCUGACCUUGACCGAGUGGUGUGGCUGAGACCAGGGAAAAUUGUUCCAAAUCCAUCGUUUGUUGCUGACGGGGUGUCCAGGUUCGACUUUGGUCAAGGUUGGGUUAAAAACUGCUGGUUUAUUGCCUCUAUUGGAGCUCUGACAUUUCAGAAUCACAUCCUUGGACAAGUUGUUCCACUUGAGCAAAACUUUCACGAGGAUUACUGUGGACUGUUCCACUUCAGGUUCUGGAGAUUUGGAAAAUGGGUGGAUGUCAUCAUUGAUGACAAACUACCAACAAUUGAUGGCAGACUCAUUUUUGUCCACUCCAGAGAUCCAACUGAAUUUUGGCCAGCUUUGCUGGAAAAAGCCUAUGCAAAGGUGUGUGGUUCCUACACAGAUAUGAAUGCUGGAACUCCUGCCGAGGCAUUGGUAGACUUCACUGGUGGGGUCCACAUUUAUAUUGAUCUGUCAAAGCCCCCUCCAGACCUGUGGGAAAUGAUGUGUCGAGCUGGUCAAUCCAAGUCACUGAUGGGUUGUGGGACACCACAGGGUGAGACAACUGAAAACAUUGUACUACCAAAUGGGCUGGUCCAAAGCCAUGCUUACGCUGUCACAGGUGUUAAACAGAUGAUUAGCCGAGGGCAGAUGGUGAACCUGGUGCGUUUGUGGAAUCCCUGGGGCCACGGAGAGUGGAAUGGAGACUGGAGUGAUCGGUCACCUCUGUGGCAAACUGUGAGUCCUCAAGAUCGAGAUAUGUGCCUAGCAGUCUAUGAUGACGGCGAGUUUUGGAUGAGUCUGAAAGACUUCUGUAAGACCUAUUCAGAGCUCGACAUCUGCUGCAUGUGUCCUGACUUCCUGGAUGGAAACUCUACCUGUCACUGGAAAACCUCCAUUUAUGAAGGUCGAUGGGUUGCAGGAACCACUGCUGGAGGCUGCAUGAAGAACCCUGAGAGCUUCUGGACAAAUCCACAGUAUCGGGUCAAGAUUGAUGAAUUAUCCAGUGAAUGUGCUGGGAAACAGGGUGAAGUCAACAUGCUGGUGUCUCUCAUGCAAAAGCCAGAUAAAAGGAAUAGACACCUGGUCCAGAACCUCUACAUUGGAUUUUCUGUAUUUGAGGUGCCUGAAAACUACACGGCACACAGCGGGAAAUUCCCAGCCUCUUUCUUCAGUGCGAGCAAACUUGUUGCCUACACUAAAUCCUACAUAAAUGCCCGUGAGGUGAUGGAGUUAAUGAUGCUGAAGCCUGGUGAAUACGUGAUUGUGCCAUCCACCUUCAGUCCCAAUGAGACAGCCUCCUUCAUCCUGACCAUCGUGUCCAAGGCAGAGACCCACGUGCAUGAGAACUCCAGUGGUCAUGAAUAUAUGGAAUUGGAAGAGAACACACCAGUGGGAAAGAGUGAGGAUGACGAACGUAAAAGGACACUGUUCCGUCAGCAUUCUGACAAGUAUGAAGAAGUGGAUGCAGAGCAGCUCAAGAGGCUCCUAAAUGGAAAAAUACUAAAAGGAGACUUGAAAUCUGGAGGAUUCACAAUCGAUGCCUGUCGCAGCAUGGUAGCUCUGAUGGAUACAUCUGUGACUGGAAAGCUGAAUGAUGAGGAAUUUGUUCGUCUGUGGAAGAAGGCUGUCACAUACCAGGAAAUUUUCUCCCGCUGUGAUGUUUCGAAAACAGGGACGCUGUCACUAAGCGAGCUGAGAAAUGCUAUGAUAGCCUCAGGAAAGAAGAUCAGCGAUGAGAUGCUGAAUUUGAUGGCUCUCCGUUACGGCACCUCGUCUGGGCACAUUACUCUGGAGAGCUUCAUCAGUCUAGUACUCCGCUUUGAAUGCAUGUAUCAAAUCUUCAACCAGUUGUCUGAUGGCAAGGCUAUGACUCUUCAGGAAACAGAGUGGAUGUACAUUGCAAUGUACACUUAACCUGACAGAGGAGAUGACCUGCAGGAAUGAGAACAAAGAAGAAAUAAACAAAAAAGAGUUUUUCAGCAUGAAAAAAAAAUCAUGAUAUGCAACCACUGGGUGAAGGUUUACAGUAUAUGAACAGGGCAGCAGAGUUAGACUACAAAUCUGUGAGGAGUAGAAACUUUACAGUACAACAGAUAGAACCGUGAGUGUGCAGCAUCUGUGAUUAUUUUACACUGAAAUCAUUUUUUACAAAAACUAAUUCAAAGUUCAAAGGUGGUGGUGCUUUAGAAGCACAAAGUUUGUGUCAAAUCUUUAUAGCCCAUGUACUCCACCUUUGCUAAAUGUUUCUGUUACUGAAGUUCUUUUUAAGUGGGUUGCUGCAUUUUCUUUUCCACUGCUAUGAUACCGUAAGAGGGUUUUUUUUGAUUGUCUCCCAACCUAGAGUCACAUUGAAAUAUGCAAAAAGCUUUUGGAUGAUGUGAGAUUAAAUCUGAUGUCUCGGGAAAAAAUGUAUUCACUGUUGUGAUUGGAUAACCUUUCAUCUAGUGCCAUCAAUUGGUUGAAACUUUACUUUGUUAUUUAGCUGAGACCAUGUGUGCCUGUACGUGCAGCCUUAUGGUGCCAGGAUAUCUGAUAUGUCUGUAAAAAGUGUUUCUGAUAGAGCAUUUUAAGUGGGUUACUGAAUUUUUAGCUUGGAAUGGACUUUUUUUUUUUAUAUUAUUAUCAGCUUCUACACAAAGAAAUGAUUCAAGCAGCUACGACAAGCAUCAGAAUUUCACGUACAAACCCCCUUUUUAGAUGAAAAAAAUAAAUGAAUGAAAAGCAUGACA